AUGGUGUUUAUACCUUUCAUCGAAGGCACGUUCAUUUUGGCGAAAUUGAAAAACAGUAAUAACGGUGAUAUUGUUAAGAAUACCGCACAGGGUACAAUAUCGUUUCAAUUCAAAAACGGGAUUUCCGUAGACAUUACUCUUGAUGGAUCGAUCAGAGUGACCAAUAAAACGGCGAACGCUGUGGCAGCCGUAAAUGCAUCCGGCAAUAUAUCGGCCGUUAUGCACCCUGUCGGUUUUAUGUACAAAAAAGACGAAAUCGUACACGUACAGGCGAACGACAUGCACUCGGGGAAUCACAAGUUGGCGAAAAUAAGGCCUACGUGCAUCCACUUCAAGGCCGUCAAAAGCCCGCUGGUGUAUUUGGUAGACGAAGCGGGUGUGAGGACGAACUUCUCAGAGAACUUUAUGCGUAUGGACCGAGACAUCACGUUGGAUGUGCUGUACAAAGACUGCCGUCACGGGGCCAUGUACGUGAACGUGUGCAAUGAUUUGCUGUCGGACAUCAAGUGCACAGUGCUCGAGACCGGUACGGAAUGGAAAUUGUACGACGUAUCGGUUGUACAAGAGAACGUUCACGGUUUUGUCAGAGUGAUCAAGGACGGGCGCGAGAAGUUCGAGAUCCGGUCUUCGGCGUCCGUCGGCACGAUAAAUCUGUACUCGGACACAGUGGACUGCACGGCGUCGCACGGCAUCAAUCACCAUUUCUUCGUGAAAAAGAACAGCAGUCGCAUUCAUUAUGAGGUGCGCAACAAGUUCAUGGUGCGGUACGGCGGCUAUCACACCGGUUUCAACGAGUGCGACGAGGUGUCGUUUUUCUGACGGUCCACUACGGUGUGCAGGCCGCAAGCGCCGCCCGUCGUCUCGUGAUAAUAUUAUUAAUUGCACAAACAUACAUGUACCUACCGUUAUGCAUAUGCACUGUUACACUCCAAUUCACUAGGCACCUUGCAGGGGUGCUAUGUCAUAUUAUAAACGUGUAACACACAUAUGCAGAUACAUGGGUAGGAUUUACUACGAAUG